GUCCCUCGAGCAACGCUUGAUGCCGCCGUGGAAGGAAGUCUCCUCCUCGCUUGCUCUCACCCAUCUUUGGUCACACGAAACACCCAUUGGUGGAGAACGAAGACGAGCUUUCCUGCCAUGAACCAAGGAAAGAUACAAGGUGGUGAUGACCGCACUCCAUUCCUCGGAGAACAUGACAAGCCUUAUCAUUCCGCCUAUGGUGGUGGUGUUGGUGGUUCUACUGUUUGUUUAUGGUAUUCGGUGGACCCUGGCUUCUUCUUCCAAGAAGAAAGAAAGAAGCAACGGCAAGCAUAUUUCUUCCCUUCCUUUCUGCUCUGCUUCCAUGCACCUCGGAACAGCAACAAUGGUGAGCAAAGCAAAGAGGAACCUCCUGCCUUCCGGUCAUCUUCUCCUUCCUCCGUCCAUGAAGAACUUCGCCUCAUGCUUCAGCGAGCACGCAGUCAAAGUCUCCGAGCCCUCCUGCUCGGGGAGCAGCAGCAGCGGCGGCAACUCCUUGGUGGUCGACACCAGCUGCUCGGUUCUAAGCGCCGUCACCUGCCUCUACCGGACGAGGCUGAUCGCCACGCAGAGGGAGCUCCUCAUCAGGGUCGCCUGGUCCAAGGGGCAUGCCGGCCCCAUGCUUUCCGUUGGCAUCGACGACAACCCGUCGGUCGACCGGUGGGAGCCAAACGCCAUGAACUGUCAGCUGCUGAUGAAGAAGAAGGGCAGCAGAGCGUACGCCGCCGGGGACUGCGCCGUUCGACUUCACUGGGACAUUUCCUCAGCUAAGUUCGGAUCGGGUCCGGAGCCGAUCGAUGGGUUCUAUGUCGUGAUGGUCGUGAACUCGGAGCUCGCGCUGUCGCUCGGAGACAUGAGCGAAGAAUGCACGCGAAGGUUCGAGGAGGCGCUUCCGGUCGCGGAAUCCUCGAUGAUCAGCCGGAAAGAACAGGUCAUCGGCCAGGGACUUCACUCCACGAGAGCUCGGUUUCGGGAGGACGGCGGCGACCACGAGAUCACCAUCAGGUGCAAGGAAGACGGGUGGGACGCCAAGGAGUCGGAGCUGUCGGUGACGGUCGACAAGAAGCGGGUGGUGCACGUGAGGCGGCUGCGGUGGAACUUCCGGGGGAACCAGACGCUCUUCAUCGACGGGUCGCCGGUGGACAUGAUGUGGGACAUGCACGGGUGGAGGUUCGGCAACGCGCCGGGGUGGGCGGUGUUCAUGUUCCGGAAGCGGAGCGCGUUGGAGAGCAGGCUGUGGCUGGAGGAGGAGACGGUGGACAGGGAGCAAGGCGGCGCGUCGGGGUUCUCCCUGCUGAUACAACAAGCCUUCAAGAGCACUUGAAGAAGCUUGGCGAGGCGUGUGAUGUUGGCUGGCUUUCUACUGUUGCGCGUGAGCAGUCACUGACUCGAUCGAGUUGCAGAGAUGUGAAUUGGUGGAUUGAUGGAGAGCAGAUUGCUUCUUCCCCAAACCUUUCUUUCUUUCUUUCUUGUUGAUAAUACAGUUUCAGUUUUUUUUCUCUUUACAUCAUCAGUUGACUUUUUUGAGAAGAAAAACAAUUCAAGGCAUGGAGAUGAAGCUUUCUUAGCCUUGCCUUUGUGAGGAAAA